AUGGAAGAAUUCGAUCAAGUUCCCAGUGACUUGCAAUCUCUGAACAACCCCAGUUUGAGUCCCAGCAACAGCAGCAAUGGUUAUACAUUGACCAUAUCUCCUGGAAUGACACAGUAUUGGACUCCGCACUGUGAAGAUAAAAUCAAACCAGCGGUUGACAUGAUUUUUAAAACAUUGGAUGCUGGUAUUGAAUUCUACAACAAUUAUGCUGCCAAAGUCGGGUUUGACACGAGGUCUAGUUCCCUCGUUAGAGCACGCGACGGGACGAAAACUCUAAAGAAAAUCUUUUGCAAUAGAGAUGGAUUUAAGAAUACGGGUGCCCAACAUUGUCACUCAAAAUCAAAUGCAGAUGCGGGGGAAGGUCCUUCGCGUCCAAAGCGGCGGAGGGUUUCAAACAGAACUGGUUGCAGAGCUAGGAUUAUUUUUAAGUACAUUGAAGUAGUUGGGUACCAGGUUAUGACAUUUAUUGAAAAACAUAAUCACAGCAUGUCUUCGGUUCUUGCAAGUUUAUACAGUCAGAUUGUGGGGGAUUACUCUAAAGUUGGGGCAACUGUAGUUGACUUUAAAAAUGUUAGAAGGGAUCUCAGAGCAUACAUAUUGAGUGCUGAUGCACAAAUACUCGUGCAUAAUCUUAUUAAAAAACAAGAGAUGUGCCUUGCAUUUGCUUUUGACUACGAAGUUGAUGAAGAUGAGCAGAUGAGUAUACUGUUUUGGGCAGAUCCAAUGUCAAAAAAGAAUUUUGCUGCAUUUGGAGAUGUUGUCUCUUUUGAUGCCACAUAUUCAACCAACAGGUACAAUCUGGCAAUGGGUAUGGAACCAAGAAUGAUUGUCACUGAUCAAGAUCCAGCUAUGAAAGUUGCGAUUCCAAGAGUUUUCAAGCAAGCCAGGCAUCGUUAUUGCAUGUGGCACAUUAUGUGUAAAGUUGGGGAAAAGGUGGGUCCUACGUUGAACAAGAAUGAGGAGUUUAAGAACAAACUGAACUCAAUCGUUUGGACGUCCUCUUUGGAACCUCCUAAUUUUGAGAAACAGUGGAGAGAGUUCAUGGAAAAUGCUCUUAAAUCACAACGUAACACAUACGCAAAGCUCAACAGUGACAAUGAAGGCUACAAUCCAGAUAUGAAGACGCCUCUGGGGAUCGAAAAACACACUUCAAUCGUCUACACCAUUACUGUUUUCUAUCAAGUUCAGGAAGAAAUAUGUGUCUCCUGUUUCAAAUGUAUGGUGUUGAGUGUUACAGAAGAUGGUGGAAUGUUACACUAUGAUAUUAUGGAUGGAAAGAACAAAAUAUUUACUGUGGUGCACAAUGUAAAUGACCAUGAUGCCAAAUGCAGUUGCAAGAUGUUUGAGAUGGUUGGAUUGUUGUGUAGACACAUAUUUGUGGUCUUUAGAGACCUUGAAAAGAUAACUCUGAAGUAUGUGGUUAAUCGAUGGACUAAGGAUGCAUCUUUAAAGGCUACAUUUGAAAUAGAUGGUGUCAUUUAUGAUCAGAAUGGACCAAAGGAUGAAAAGAAGAUGUUGCUGAACAAACUGUGGUCUGAUGUACACUGUUGUAUAGAUCUAGCAGGUUCAAACAUGGAGCAAUUGGUUGCAUUUUCGCAAGUGAUUAAUGAACAGAAACAGCUGCUAAUGUCAGGAAAGGAAAAGUUAUCCCCCCAGCACAACAGGAAGACUGUUAUAGAAUCAUUUUGUGGAUCAACAGAGAUUUCAGAGAUCAAUAUACUUCCACCAAAACAUUCAAAGAACAAGGGCAGCGGCAAACGUAUCAAAAGCAGCAAGGAGUUGGCAAUGGAAAAAGAAAAGGGCAGGAGUACUUUGAAGACAUCUCUUCUGGUUCUGGCAACAUCCGACACGCUGCCAGCCUGCCACAAUGCUCAACUCUCAGCCUUGGAUGAUGUUUGGUUGCAGCAUGAUGAGCUUGCACCUGAGAAUGACGAAUGA